AUGGUGAACCCUCCAGUUGGCAAUGGUGGUGUAGUCCCGGAGGUUGAGGCACGCAUUGGUCGGACCGUAGCUCUGACGCGGUUGCCAGAGUUUAUUGCCGAAGACCCAGAAAUGUGGUUCGUGAUGGUAGAAUCGCUCUUCCAACGAUAUAGUGUAACCGACAAACAAGAUCGCCUGACUCACAUUGUGCCAGCGCUACCUCCGCGAGUCGCGAAACAACUGCGCGAUGUCAUAAUGAAAGAACAAACCCCCGCAUUAUACGAUGAACUGAAAGCGCAGCUAAUCAAGAGGCUCGGCAUCAGUCAGGGGGAGAAAACGAAUCGGCUGCUAGAAGGCGAGAAGAUGGGUGACGAGAAACCAUCAGAAUACCUACGCCGGCUACAAGAGAUCGGAGGUGAGAUCCCUGAACACCUUCUACAAUCGAUCUGGUUACGAGGUCUUCCAGAUGGUUACCGGAUGACGAUGGCAGCGCAGCGCGGUCAGUCACUGGAAAAUAUGGCUGAGGUCGCGGACAACAUACAUGAGACGGUACCGACACGUCAAGCCGUGUUCGAGACUGCAGCGUCCCAGGACACGUCGAUCGCCACUGCACUCCAAAACCUUCAGCUGGAGAUGGCGAAAUAUGCGCGAAAUAUCCGCUCACCGUCAGAAGGCAGGCGUGGCAGAUCACCGACACCGCACCGUAGUAACCCGCAGACCCAGUCCCGAUCAGGAGCACGAUCACGCGGCCCUCGUCCCCAAGGAAUCUGUUGGUACCAUUGGAUUUUCAACGAGAAGGCAGAUAAGUGUACGCAACCGUGCAACUGGACUCCGGGAAAUGCCCAGGGCAGUCGUUAA